AGUUUGGCUGAUACCGGACAGCAAGGGAAGCUACCGGGCAAACACCCGAGCCUCCAACUCGCUGUUGCCAUGUCUGACUCUUCCGAUGACCACGGGGAGACGGAGGAAGUGGAGGAAGAUGAAGCUAUCGAAGAGAUCGACACAGAGGCGGAAGAUGGCGUUGCAAAUGAGGAGAUUCCCAAUGAGCUCACGGCCGAAUUUGAAGCAGACCGAUACGUCCAGAAAUACAUGGAGGUCAAUGAAGCAACGUUUGAAGAGGCGCCGUUUCCUCAAGCCAUCAUGGCCGAAGCACAAGAAGCGUGGCACUUUUUCGUGGGGCAGCUGAAUGGACGCGACGCUGCCGGCGAAGCCAUUUACGCGGCAGUCUUUGAUGCCGCGCCGAGCCUGCAGAGCUUGUUCAAGACCGCUCGGUCCGUAAUGGCAAUGCGCUUCAUGAACGGCCUGACAAGCAUUGUGGCAUCAGCUCAGGACGCUAAACAGCUGAAGAACCAGGUAGAGAGCUUGGGCUUUCAGCAUUUGGACUUGGAAGUCACAGUCCCGCGGGUGGGUAUUUUUCGCGAUGCAAUCGUGGACUUGUUUGACAUGGAGAUGGGCCAACGACUCACCACGAAAGCCAAGAUUGGACUCCAGGUCCUUCUAAACUAUGCUGGAGGAGCAUUCAUCUACAUCCGUCGUGAGUAUGCAUCCCGCAUCAGAAUCAUCCAGCGCAGCUGGAGAACUGCCAACAAGGUAGAAGAGGAAGAGGAGGAUCCUCAUGUGAAGGCUUUGCACGAGACGCAGACUGGUGAGGGCAACACCACCAGUGUUACUGCAGAGGGGCAGGCCCAGACUGCGACCACACAAAAGAAGGACACAAAUCCGGCCACAGGUGGAGUCAACACAACCAUGAUGGCCGGUGGUGACAGCAAAGGCAAGAACAAUGUGAAGGUGCCUACCACAUUCAAUGAGAUGUUCCUCUUCAAUGCUGCAGUGAUGGGGUUGGGAGAGAACGGCUGGAUGUCUGUGAUCCUUGAGCAGUUCCACAACAUUGUGACCAAUGUGGCGAACUCCUACCGCCUGCAAGAAGAAUGCGAUGUUUUGACCUUGGUUCUGGACAAGCAGCCAGGGCAGAUUCAACUAUCGGAAUUCAAGGCCGUGAUGCUAGCCUCGCUGCGGUCCCUGGUGCCCAAAGAGUGGGAUUCAGAUCAUGAGGUUGCCUGGAACUGGUUGUGGGAGAACGUAGAGCGCAUGAUCAAGGCCAACCUGGGCAAGCCAGCGCAGCAAGAAAAGGCCUUGGGUCGCUUCAUCGCCUCACUUACACAGGAUGAUAUCUACAACCUGCGGCGGAACAUCUACCAGAGGUUUUUCCAGAUCGCACCAGCUGGACAAGAUCAUUUCAAGCAAUCGACCACCAGACUUUACUUUAUUGCUGACAAGAUCAUCGAGAUGACCAUGGAAAUGUACCAGCAACCUCGUGCUAUGGUGGAGGACAUUUCCGCACUCGGGCUGCGACAUGUGGGUUACGCCAUCCCUACAGAGCUCUUUGCCCCUUUCGUCUCCAGCGCUGUGGAGACCGUGCGAGAGAAGACUUCAGAUGACAUGGCUGAAGGUGCAUUCCGCUGGUCUCUGACGUUGGUCUCCAAGAUUUUGGUCCGCACAAUUCUGGAAGGCAGUACAAUUGUCAUGAAGGCCAUCAACACCAAUUCAGCCAGGGCGCUUAGAAAAGCAAUCGCCAUUGCCCCACGUAGCAAGCGGGCAACAGAGUUGCUCAACAUCACGGUGGGCACUCAGUCAAUAUCACCGUUUUAUUGGGCCAUAGACAGUGGAAGCCUGGAAUGUGCGAAAGCGAUGAUUGAAGAUCUACUGACCAUUCGCGCUGAUCGAGACAAGUACUAUUUUGGUGCGGAUGAGCUCUUCGCACGGCAUCCAGAAGUGAUCCAACGCCUAUGCAUUUCGGCUCCAAAAUUGCUUUGGACUUUGUUGGAUGGGCUGGUGUGGCGCUCGCGGCAGGCAUUUGGAGGCAAACGCCGGGUAAACUUCUAUGUGCAGAACCUGGUGCAGGACAGAGACGAUAACUUCAGCAUGGCCUUGGAGUGGCUGGUGGAGCGUAAUGAUCCCAAGAUCAUUUGCCAUCCUGCAGUGGUUCUGUUCUCUGAUCUCUUGUGGACAAGGCUAGUGCAGUACGACUUCUUGCUUGGCCGAUGCUACUUUCUUUUCUGCUUGUGUGUCUUCAUCACUGGGCAGGCCAUCUUGGGUUCGCCAGAGCCAAGCAUGGGUGAACGAGUAGCCAUCUUCUCCUGCCGGAUUUUCAUCUAUUUGGGAAGCAUGUGCCGGAUCCUCUACUGCCAGAUAAAGCUCCUCUAUGAUGACAUCAAGACCGGAGCAAUUGCACGUGUUUGGAAAAUCCCGGUCCCAAUGUACCUCUUCAACAUCCAAGACAGUGGGAACUUGCUGCUCAUGUGGGUUCUGGUCUUGAUGUUGAUUCAGGAGCCAAUCCUUCAUUGCUUGGCCUACACCGAGCAAUUUGGCCUAUUUGCGACAACUUGUAUGGAAGAGGGACGAAAGGAGGCAUAUGCAGUUUUCUCUGGCCUGGGCAUGCUCCUCUACUGGCUUCUAUUGGUGAAUUUCAGCAUUUUCUCAAUGCAGAUCUCUGCGUUUGUACUGGUUUGUGGUCGGGUACUGGUGGAGGUCUUCCUUUUUCUGAUGGCGUUCCUGUUCCUGAUUGUGGCCUUCUCUACCGCCAUUACGGCAUUCCAUCACUCGCUCUAUGAAUUCGCCAGUGUGGACAAGGGCAUGGAGACCUUGCUCGAAAUCACCUUAGGUAUGUACAACACGGAAAACUACAAGGCUAUGCUCCACGAAUCCGUUUGGGUGGAGAUUGCCGUAAUCAUUUUCGUGAUCUUGGUCUUUGUAGUGCUCCUGAACCUCCUGGUGGCCCAGUUGAAUAUGGCCUACAAGCUGGCGCAUGCAGACAUGCAAGGCUAUGCACGACUCACUCGAGCCAGCAUCAUUGUCACCACCGUUGAGCAAGUCUCGCGUAAGCGAUGGAGAAGGUUCCUCCAGAGCUUGAAGUUCGACCAGCGGCUUGAGUUCAAUGAGGGUGACAUUGGCGUUGCAGGGGGUAUUCAAGUCUAUGAACCUUCAAAUCUCAAUCCCACCACGGUGGAUUCGGUCAGGCGCUUUGGUGGCUCAACUGCUCCUGGCAUGCCCUGGCCACAGGAUCCUUUAGCAGACGAUCAGAGCGACGACCAGCUCGAAAAGCUGGAGAAGCUUGUGGUCAAAGCCAUGAAGACCAUCACCGACAAGAAGGGUGGAUCGAUGCCCACAGGCUAUUCCGGUGCUUCUGGAAUGCCUCAGAGUUCGCAAAGUGGUGCUAGCUCAGGAGGAUCUGGGGACGGGUCAAAGUGAGGAACUGCGUGAACCCUUCCGCAAAGCGGGGGUCAUUGCAGAAGGAUGUCAAGCCUGGUGUCAUGUUGAAGCUGCCAUCCUUUACAAUUGCCAAAUGUCUUGCUGCUGAGGGCAAGGCACCUAAGCUGCACUUUGCAUCGAGUACAUUUCACAGCUAGAAGUGCAUCUAUAUAUAGUGAUCAGGACAAUGGGCGAAUUGCAGAUGCUGAAGUAAGGUGGCAACCCACAGCAAUUUGCUAGUGAUCUUUGGGGGCGCAUGCGUUUUGCUCAAAGUGUGAAACGCCCCAGGAUCAACUAUGGAGAGCAGUGCCUGGAAUUAAUCCAGUCAUACGAAAGUUGGUGGCUGGCUCACCAGAGAAUUUGGUAAGGCUAUUGUGCGCUGUGCGCGUCCUGAAUGUAGAUCCAUCGUGGUCCAUCUCCAUCUCGCCUUAUCAAAAAGAAUUACUGUAUCUUGAGUGUGCCAGUCUGCUUGGCCGCCUUGGCCCAAUAUUUUGGCACAGCAAGCCGCACGUUUCACGUUUUCAAGUUGCUGUGCCGCAAGCUCACUGUGGCCAAAGGACAGAGCCAACGUCUUCUGCAGUGCUACCGCGCUACAAGCCGGGCCAGCCAGAUUCAGAUGCCAUAUUGCUUAUUUGGCAGGAUUCUGCACAAAACCGG